AUAUCCUUCUCCUCUGCUUUCACCUAGCAGAUAAGCAGUCAAGGGCCGGUCGUGGAACUGCCUGCCUGACUCCCAGACACUAAUGCCUCUCGCAAUCGACUCGGCGCCGACACAGGUCAGGACUCAGCCCUCAGUCACCCUCACUCGAAAGGCCGUAGACAGGAAUAAACAAGGUGUGAGUCCAGAGGCCCUCGGCCCCGUCCAGGCAUGGGCCAGAGCGGGAGGUGGAACGACAGCAAUCAUUCAGACAACAAACGGGGCAUCCAAGGGGAUAAGCAACCCUCCUCCUCCUCCACCCGGCUCCAGCAGAACCCGACAGGGGCAACGAGAUGAACUGCUUGAGGGACCGAGACCUUACCACAGAUCCCUUCGCCAUUUUAGCCCCCACGCCCAUUCCCUUCCUCCCCGCCCCUCAGUGACAGGGGAAGCUCGCACCCGGUUCAGAGCUCACCCCCGUCUUGCCUUCAUCGCCCCCUUUUCCUUAAAGCCAGUCGGCUGCAAAGAGGCAGAAAAACGGCAGCCGUUUUUCUCCUCAGGCCGAGACAGACCGCAAAGCGAAACGGCUGCGGCAGCGCCUGUUUUGUUUCCUUACCGUGACUCGCAGCCUCACAGCUGCUGCCGCCUCCUUCUCCUUCCUCCCACCUUUUUCUUCUUCUUUUUCUCCGCCGCGGCGGCUCCUCACCCCUCCGCGCCGCGCUCCGCUGGUGCUGUAGCCGCCGCCGCGCAGAAUGAUGCCAUCUCACAGCAGCAUCGGCAGCUUCUGCACAACACCCCUCCCGCCGCCGCCGCCCCUGCUCCGUCCGCUCCCAAACACGACGACUCGCAGCCCCGACGCUCGAACCAACCGCCUGUGCGCGCCUCAGCCACGGCGAACAGGAACUUGUGGAACUGCCGCUGCUUUCCCCGACCCCGCCGCCGCCCGGGCGGGAGGGCCCCGUCGGCACCGAGCCGUGCGCAGCGGCAGUGGGAGGGAAGAACAGAGCCUGAACCGAGGCUCUUCAAAGGGGACAGGGCUUAUUCCUAGUGCCUGCCCCGGGCUGAACCAACUUGUGCGCUGUGGCGGGGAGAGGAGUCGAGUGGACUGCAUCAACCCGCUCCGGCAGCAGGGUAGAAAGGGCCGGGCCCCAGUGCUGAGGUGCUGUCGGCGGGGUGAGCGUGCAGGGGCAGGAUAAGAAAGGCUUUUGUGAGUCACGGCCCCCCCGAGAAAGCCCUGCUGCGGCGGCACCGACAGCCGGCACACCCCGCGUGCUGUGCAAACGAUAAAGGCCGGGGAGGUGUCUUCGCCGCUCGCCUCCCUCAGGGUCUGGGCAGGCAGGGCGGGAUUUUGUUCCCUGCCGGGAAGCUGCGCCGCGGCCGUGACAAUCUCCCCAUUUCGGAACCAGCGGGAUCCGCCCGGUCCUCUUUUUAUGCCGUCUGAUCUCCCUCACGAGGGAUCAGACCCUCUCGUACUGAGAAAUGCGGUGGCUGUGGGGAGAGACAGCUGCUCGCAGCCCACGGCGGUAGCGGAGCCACGGACAGGGACGGCGGUCCAGUUUACCUUCGAUACUUUGAGUAGCGUUCCCGUCAUGGGCAAGGGGCCGGUUGUCCUUAACCACUACUAAAAAAGGCACACGCGUUCCGAACAGACUUACAAACCUAGAAGUGCUUUAGCGCCCAAACGUGGGGAUUAAGUUCUGGGUUAAUAAAGCUCUAGCCUCUUCCCGUACAACAUUGUGCUCUGAAGGCAGCAGCAGCAGCUCUCCAGCAUGAGCAAGGCCUUUGAGCGGCCGUGGUAGAAAGCCCAGCGCCACUGUUAAUAGAGAGGAACAAAAGCUUACAGUAUAAGACCCUGAAGCAACUUCCAGCAAAGUCUGGUAUUUUGUUGUUCUUAAAAAAUGGCACAAGGGCCAGCAAUCUGGUUGGGGCAUGUAAGUUCCUUCAGGAAACAACUGGGAGGCUUCUAUAAGUGCUGCUUUUCAACCUAUUCAUUCUUCAUAGAAAAUCUAUAGGAAAACCACAAAGUUUGGAAAGAAACGGUAUGUACAGCUCAACUUUAGAAGAGCUUAGUCUAAGAUACUUUAAUAGGAAAACCAAACUUCAUCGCUGAUAAUACAAGAGUCUGAAAACGCUGAUAGUUUAUUUACUGGUAGCAAUUGUAACAGAGCACCUGAACUGUACACUCGCAAAGUCCAUCCUGGACAGUUAAGAGUAGCUACCGAAUGAAUCCGUUUGCAGAAUUCAAGAGUGACUAUUUACGGCAACUAAAGCUUGCAUUCAAAGAGAACUGCUGUCCUCCUUUUGUGCUGAGAUUGUCCCAGAUGAGGUACUUACUCCAAGAGACUACUUUUACAGUUCUUUGGUAGCACUUAAAAAGUCUACUGGUAAGCUCCAUUUAUUUUUCCAUCUUGCUUAUUCGUUUAGAGUUUUUUUUCUAAUGUAAAAUGAUCUACUUGAAAUCUAGAGUUAAAAAAUACUGGUACCUUUAGGUAGGAACACUUUUUAAUGGGGAAAAAAAGAUAUACUUAAGAACUUUCCACUGGAUGCAACAUUAGAUUCCCAGAAGCAAAGGGUGGGUGAAGGUGUGAAUGGCAAUAUUUUUGUUUCCUUUCAUUGUAAGCUGUUAAUUUUUCUGCUCCCAGGCUUUGCUUGUUACUAAUAUCAGUAAUCUGAUACUCAUGUGAAAAUUACGAGCAUUAUUUCUUGUAUGUGCAAAAUUGCUAAGUGCUUCUUUCUUGCCUUAUGAAGUAUGAAAAGUGUGUAGCUACUUGAAACAAUACUCUAUACAAAGUUAUGGGCUUCUCUGGCUUGCUUCCUCCCUGUUUCAAAACAAGCUUUGUCAUACAUUUGUCUCACCCUGGGGAACAGUGACAUUCCAAGUAUUAUUCCCUCUAAAAAGCCAUUUGAUACACUUAAAAAUGCAAACUGUCACAAGUUCAACUUUCAAUGUCUUAUAAAACCUCAAGAUUCUUGUUUUUGGUUUUUGGUGUGGUUUUUUUUUUUCCAGCUACUUUUAUAUGUUUAUUUAUUACCUCCUCUUAUAACAGUUAGGAGCCAUACACUGAAAACUUGCUGAAAACAUUUAAGUUAUACUUAAGGGCUAUACUUGCUUGCUAUCUGAAAAAGUACAUACACAGUUUUCUUCAUUCUGUAGAAAGCCAGUUUUAUUUUUUCUACUGUGCUGUGGCCAGUAAAGAUUAUAGAAUCUAUUUUACAGCACUGAUGGCUAGGAGGUUUGGUUGCCUUAUUACUUCAUAGCUUUGCUCUUUAGAGAGUUGAAAUACACUGUUCAUCUCAGGCAGGAUCUCACAAGACAGUAAACUUACCAAAACAAAUUAAGCAAAGAUGAAACUUUGAAAGAGUCUCCAUGAACAUUUAUUUUAAAUAAACAUAGAAAUAGCUUCUGCACACAAUAUUGACAAGAUAGUAAUUUAUGACUGUCAUUAUUUAACCCCAGCCAGCAACCAAGUCCCACACAACCUGUCAGUCAUUCCCCUCUGAUUGGAUAGGGGAGAGAAUCGAAAGGGUGAAAGUGAGAAAGCAAUUUAAUAGGUAAAGCAAAAGCCACACAAGAGCAAGCAAAACAAGGAAUUCAUUCGCUGCUUCCCAUCAGCAGGCAGGUGUUCUGCCAUAUCCAGGAGAGCAGGACUCCAUCAUGCAUAACAGUUGGGAAGGUCAAUGUCAUCUCUCUAAAUGUCCCUUCUUUCCUUCUUUUUCCCACAGCUUUAUAAGCUGAGCAUAACAUUAUAUGGUGUGGAAUAUGGUGGUCAGUUGAGGUCAGCUCUUUCGGCUGUGUCAUCUCCCAGGCUGUUGUGCACCCCCAGCCUACUCACUUGUAGGAUGUGAAAAGUAGAAAAGGCCUUGACUUUUUAGAGUACUGCUCAGCAGUAACUAAAACAUUUUAGCAUUGUUUGCACUGAAAAAAUCUAGCACAAAUCCAAAAUAUACUUCCAUACCAGCUACUAUCUCAGCCAAAACCAGUGCAAUGAACUUAUCAAAAGUUUUUUUUAUGGCAUCUCCUUUGGUGUAUUUCUGAUGCUUUUCCUUGCAAAAAUUUGGAGAACUCAGAAUAGAUUACAUGCAGCUGGUUAGGUUGGUUGUUUCUUCAGCCUUGCUCCUUGAACUAUGAAAAUUCCCAAAAGCAGCAUCUAAUAAGAGUAGAAGGGAAGAUUUUUCUGAUGAUUCUAGUUGUUUUUUACAUGGGGUCUUAUCACUACAACUCUCCUGCAGAGCAGGAGAUCUUUUGGACGAUGUCUUUGGAACAUAAUUAGAAGAGCAUUUAGGUACCUGAUAUGUGGCUUAGGUAGAAUUUUAAUCCUGCCUUCGAGUGUGCAAGCCACAAAACCCUGUAGAUGUAGUCACGCAGGUCUGCCAGUGGAUAGACUCAAUGCCCAUGAGCAUGUGCAAUUGGGCAUCUGAUGUCUUCACUGCAUCAGCAGAUUUGCUGCUUGACAUUGACCUGUUAUGUUCAGGGUCCAAACAGUGGAAAGUAUAUCACCUGAAGUCGGUGGAGGAGUGGAUCAGAGGAGGUACCAUUAAUGGUAUAUCUGGUACACAAAAGAUGUGAAAUCAACACAAAGUACAGAAGCGGGAAGGAAAGAAGCAAAAGGAAACAUGUUAGCAGUGGUCACCAUGCCCGCAGUGUCGACCUUGGGACCUAGAAAACCUGUCUUCUGUGGUCUUCUUAGGUCCGGGCUAUCUCUUGUCUCAAGAUCACUAUGAUCAACAAGUGCUGUCUGAUGUAGGAUCAGAAUUAUCUCUCCUGUCAGCUCUCUGCAGAUUUACAAAGCACACUGGAGUAGUGCAAGAGAGUAGUGAUGGACAACACAGCAAUUGAAGGUCAUGGCUACAAGAGCUGGAAAGUUUUAAUUUCUAGUCCUUCUUCCCAGCAAUGUCCAGACAUUUUAACAAAUGUCUUUUCAAUGCACAAUAUUGGCUCCUG